UGUAACGUAAUGUGUUUUACCGUUCGUAGGUCCCUUUUUUUGCCGACUCCUCGUUUGAACGUUGUUUGGAUUAUGCAGUAUAGUUACUUUCGAUCUGUGCCGUUGUGAUGAUUUCUUUUUAGGUUAAUUGUUUACUACAUUCUGUUGGAAAAUAUCUUUUUCGUCCGUUUCCAUACUUGAUAUAAAAGACGGUUUUCAACAUUAUGCCCGAUAGAAUUCUGAUUUGACUGGCGAGUUUGCAGGGUGCAGCGAACGCAUAAUUCGUGUGCUGUCAGUAUGCGUGAGCCGGCCAACACGUGCUAGUGAAAGUAGUUCCGGUUUGAGGGCGGACGGAUAUCGAUGUGGCAUACUGUGCCAGUGUGACAGCCUGACCUUUGUUAACCUGUUGUGGUUUCUUCAUACUGUAUAGUGUAUGUUCAGAGAACCCUGGAAAAUGCAAUUCCAAAUGUAGUGCGCAAGAAUUAUUUUCAGUUAAUCUGAAAGUUCUGUAUUUUCUGCAUUAUUGGUACAAACCUUGUCCACACAUCACCUGUACUAUACAGAAAAUUGAAAUGCCGUGGAGAAGAUGGAUCACUGAAAUAAAUGGCAACUGAUUUUUUGUGGUAAUGAUCUUUUUCUGAGAAGAACAAAACCCUGUAUGAAAAUGUUAAUGUUUUGUGUCAGAAGGCAGUCGUGUCUCAGCAAAAAACUGAGGAGGCGUUCAGAGACGCUGCACUGGAGAGACUGCAGUGACUCUGCCUCCGCCAGCGACAAAGCUGAUCAUCUCAGCAGUUUGCAGAAGCUCUUCUCAGACCACUACUACACAGUGGAUGAGCAGCUCAACAGAGACAACUUUGUCCAUAGCAGCAGCCCUAGCUAUGGACCUUUGGGAAUGGAGCUCAGGAAGAACAUUUUGGAGCAGUGGUGGAGGUCCGUGGUGAUGUCCAGGCCUCAGGUGCUUGGCAUCAGUACUCCUCAUGGCAUCAAGAGCGGGACAGUCGGCCAGGGACGAACUCUGAAACUUGUAGAUGCUGAGGUUUUCAGUCACAUCCUCAACGAGAAGAAACUAUAUAUGGAGGCUCUACAAAAACUGCCGCAGGAUUUUGUGUCCAUGAGAACUAGUCUACUGCAAGGUGCUUUGGAGCAGUACGUUCACUUUGUGAAGGUGGUGAACAAGAAGCUUCCCUUUGGGUUGGCAGAGACAGGUCUGUGCUAUCAGCUGCCGGAGGGACCGCCUGCAGUACCUGGCUACCCAUCUGAGGUUAUGCAAGCCUCCCUGGUCUGGUUCUGCUCACCUCGCACCUCCUCUCAGUGGCUGGACUACUGGGCACGUCACCGACUACAAUGGUGGCGGAAGUUUGCCUUGGAGCCAUCUAACUUCAGCUGCAGCGACACAGAGGUUGAGGAGAAGGGGAAUAAGGUGGCACGUGGUAUUAGAUUGCUGUACCAAUUCCCCUGGGGUGCAGAGCCCCUGGAGACUCUCUAUAACAUCGGUAACAAGGAGCUUCUCCAGACACACAAAGGCAACCUCUCCACUCUACAGUAUACGGGUGGAAAAAAAUCUGUGGUGCCCCAUGUUAUCACUGUGAAUGGAAACAUAGACCUUGGGGUCCUCGCAUAUCUCCAUAACUCCUUGCAGGAAGUAAAGGAAGGGAGCAAUCGACAGAAACAGCAUAUAAGAAAGGUUUUGAAGCUACAUCCCAGUUUAGCCCCAUUUAAAGUGGCCUUCGACAUGGGAAGAAGAGCCAGCAUGGAAUUACAACAGGUGUGUGAGGGCUUGCUUCAGGAGUUGGUCCAAGGCAAUAUAUCGACAUGGCCAGGAUACUGGGAGACCACAUCUUUGUCCACGGAACAGCUGAACAUCAGGUAUGAUAAGAUGGGAGUCCUGUUUACUGUGGUGAUCAACAGCGGUACACUGGAGAGUGGACUGGUGCAUCUGAGGAGUCGUGAUACCGCUGUCAAGGAAACAAUGCACAUCUCUGAGAUCAAGAGCUUUCUCACUAAAUACAUUGCUGCACCUGAAAACAUCUGAAUCUCUAACAAACCAUUCCAACAACUUGUAACUGAGGAGGUGUGUAAUAAACUAUUUAGGCACAUUUUCUUAGCAAAAUUCUCUUUCUAUAAAUACA